CGCAACCAUGGCCAUGAAACUCAUUCUCGGCACCUCUCUUGCCCUUGCGGUCGUUCGCGUCUCUGGUGUCUCUGUCUGGGGUCAGUGCGGAGGAAUUAGCUGGCAAGGGGGCACGACCUGCGACGCUGGUUCUAUAUGUACCGCUCAAAAUAGUUAUUAUUCUCAGUGUCUGCCCGGUUCAGCACCGGCUCCAACUUCCACUCCAGUCAGUAGCUCCUCGUCUGCAAGCGGAACGGCGACGGCCCCGUCCUCGACUCCAACCCUCGGACAAUCCACUUGCUCAACUUCGGAGCGCCUGCUCCCCGGAUUUAGUGACAGUGCUCUCCCAGACCCAUUCACGUUCGGGAAUGGUAGCAAAGUUACCACCGCCGAGGAUUGGGAAUGCCGUCGCAAUGAGAUCAUCGCGUUCUUGCAAGCUUACGAGACAGGUACUCUCCCGCCCAAGCCACCGCAGGUUAACGGGUCAUUCUCCAAUAACGCGCUCACGGUUACCGCUGGUGGCGUCAGCGGCGGCAACUCGAGCUCCAUCACAUUCACGUCCCCUAUUACGUUCCCGUCCGGUACACCGCCGGAGGGUGGGUGGCCAUUGCUCAUUGGUCUCAUUGGCGGUAGUAUCCCCGUCCCCAGCGGAGUCGCUCUCCUGAACUACGACAACGACAACAUCGCCCUGGAAAACGAUGCGAGCAGCCGUGGCCAGGGCCUCUUCUACAACCUCUAUGGCGCCAACCACAACGCAUCCUCCAUGAUAGCCUGGACAUGGGGCGUCUCCCGCAUCAUCGACGUCCUCGAAGUCACUCCCUCCGCUAACAUCAACCCCUCCAAAAUCGCCGUCACAGGCUGCUCUCGCGACGGAAAAGGUGCACUUACCGUCGGUGCCUUCGAACCUCGCGUCGCUCUCACAGUCGCACAGGAGUCUGGAUCUGGAGGUGACGCAUGCUGGAGGUUGUCCCUAUUUGAGCAGAAUUCGGGCGCAGUCGUUCAGACCGCGACGGAGAUUGUGACGGAGAACGUGUGGUUCUCGUCCUUGUUCAACAACUACGUCAACACGCUCAACGUCCUUCCAUUCGACCACCACCUCCUCGCCGCACUCAUCGCACCUCGUGGCCUCCUCGGCCUUGAGAACACCGACUACGUCUGGCUCAGCCCGCUCAGCAACUACGGGUGCAUGGUCGCUACGCAUACGGUCUUCCAGGCGCUCGGCGUUACUUCGAACCAUGGUUUCAUCCAGCAGGGAGGACAUGCUCAUUGCGCGUUCCCGGCUAACCAGACGGCCCCCCUCGACGCGUUCUUCCAGAGGUUCUUGCAGGACCAGAACGUCAGCACGAGUUUCUUCAGCACGAACAAUGUGUUCAACGGCGUGCCGUGGGUAGAGACCAACUGGAUCAACUGGACCACGCCGACGCUUUCUUAGGUUGCUUUUGUGUCUAUGCAGUUGGGCAUGCGGGAAAAAAAGAAAAUGUAGGCGAAUCUGGUAGCGAAUACGUUCUCGGAUUGCUCGUUUGUUGUACGAUGUCGGUCUCUCCGAAGAUUGGGUGUACGAUUGAUCGUCACUAUAUCCACUCUGGAAGGCAAUCGUGAUUUCG